AUGAAUGAGUGGGUGGGCCCCGACAUCAAUGUGGUGGGACCGGUGCAAAUCCCACCCAGCGAUGAAUUCUCCAUCUCAGAGAGCUCCCACUUGUUUGAUAUUCUGGCAGAUCAAGGAAGUCCUCUCCUGCAGGAUCCAGACAUUUUACCCUUCACCUAUCCCAGCAUGCAGUAUCAGUCCAUGGAGCCUACCAUGUCUUCCACACCAUACUACUCCAAUCAGAACUUCUACCCUCAGUACAAUGGAGACGAAUGGUACACACACACAGGGAUAUAUGAACUGAGGAAAGGACCCCUGGAGGUUGGCUAUGAUGCUGAGAUGGAGGAGGUGUCCGCUGUGGUGCCUGCUGUGUGCAAGAGGACACGGCACAUGUCGCAGGCUGGAAGGGUCAAAGGGGAGGAACUGUGUGUGGUGUGUGGAGACAAAGCCUCUGGAUACCACUAUAACGCUCUCACCUGUGAGGGAUGUAAAGGUUUCUUCAGACGGAGCAUAACCAAGAACGCUGUGUACAAAUGCAAGAGUGGCGGAAACUGUGAGAUGGACAUGUACAUGCGCCGGAAAUGCCAGGAGUGUCGGCUAAGAAAGUGCAAAGAGAUGGGCAUGCUGGCUGAAUGCCUGCUGACAGAGAUCCAGUGUAAGUCUAAAAGACUACGGAAGAACACCAAGGCCUCCCCGGGACAGUCCACCGGAGACGAGACAGAGGCGGCGGACAACACAGACAACAAACAGAUCACCUCAACCACCAAGCUCUCAAAGGAAAAAGUCGAAAUCACCAAAGAGCAGCGGGCUCUCGUGAAAGCCAUCGUAGAUGCUUACAACAGACAUCAAAUUCCUCAAGACGUGGCCAAAAAACUGCUGCAGGAACAGUACAGUGCAGAGGAAAACUUCCUGCUAUUGACAGAAAUGGCAACAAGUCAAGUUCAAGUUCUGGUGGAGUUUACAAAAAAUAUUCCAGGCUUUCUCUCUCUGGAUCGUGAAGAUCAGAUCGCUCUGCUCAAGGGUUCGGCUGUGGAGGCCAUGUUUCUGCGCUCAGCUCAGGUUUUGAGCAAAAAGAUGCCCAACGGACACACAGACGUUUUGGAGGAGAGGGUACGCAAGAGUGGUAUAUCAGAGGAAUUCAUGACACCCAUGUUCAAUUUUUACAAAAGCGUUGGUGAACUCCACAUGGCACAAGAGGAACAGGCUCUCCUCACCGCCGUAACCAUCCUGACACCAGAUCGGCCUUACGUGAAGAGUCAUCAGGCUGUGGAGAGACUUCAGGAGACCAUGCUGGACGUGCUGAGGAAGCUGUGUGUCCUGCAGCACCCACACGAGCCGAUGUAUUUUGCUCGUCUCCUUGGCCGCCUGACGGAGUUGAGAACACUCAGCCACUACCAUGCAGAGAUGCUCACGUCCUGGAGGAUGAACGACCACAAAUUUACGCCGCUGCUCUGUGAGAUCUGGGACGUGCAGUGA